AUGGGUAACGACGGUGGAAGCAUUCCAACCCGCCGCGAGCUCGUCCGCGAAGCAGCCCGUGCUCCGAGCACAGCGCAAGUAAAAGAAACCCAGCGCGAACAGCAAGAACACUCCUGGACAACCUGCCCACUGUCGCACAAGACCCUUUCUCGACCAAUCGUUUCGGACUCGGUCGGAAACCUCUACAACAAAGACGCCAUCCUUCAGUUUCUUCUGCCUGGUGAUGAUGGCGAGGGAAUCAGCUCGAAGGCUGACUGCGAGGAGAUCCUAUGCGGGCGAGUAAAGUCACUCCGCGAUGUUGUCGAGUUGAAGUUUGAAGUUGAUACCGAGCGCACCGAGCACCCAUCACACCGUGCCCAUGCGCCUCGCGAGCGCGGCGAGGGCUGGAUUUGCCCGAUCACCGCGAAGCCAUUGGGACCAGGUGUGAAAUCCGUCUAUCUAGUGCCGUGUGGGCAUGUUUUUGCGGAGGAGGCUGUUCGACAGCUGAAGAGUGAUAAGUGUUUGCAGUGCAACGAAUCCUAUGCUGAAGAGAAUAUCAUUCCCAUUCUUACCACUAAAGAAGACGACAAGAAGCGUCUCAUCGAGCGAGGCCACAAGCUAGCUGAACAAUCUCUUACACAUUCUCUUAAGAAAGCUCCCGGUUCGAAGAAGCGCAAGAAGAACACCACCGCCGAGGAUACCUCGAACACCACUGGGGAAGCUUCGAAGCAGGCUUCUGACGUCAAAAGCCGGAGUAACACUUCAACACCAGUGCCUAGUGCCUCGGGAAAUGGCAUCAAGAAUGCUGCUACUUCCUCUCUUACUGCACGUGUGCUGGCGGAGGAGAAUGAGAGGAAGAAGCGCCGGAAGGGUAAUGAGAAUAUCGACAGUCUCUUUUCCAAGAAGGACGGAGCCUCGAAAAAUGGCGAUUUUAUGACCAGAGGGUUUUCAAUUCCUUCUGCUGCGCCGAGGUAA